UAAAAAGUGGAAUUUUUUGUAAAAUGUAUUGUUUUUCUUUUGAUCAUUCUUUGGGCCACCAACAAAAUGUGUGAUUUACCAGAAAAUUUACAAAUUAAACGUGAACCUUCACCACCUUCUACGCCUGAGGAUAAAUCUUCGCCCCAUAAUAUAAAGGCUAAGCUAAAUUUGCAUGUAAAACGUAGACUACAAGACUUCAGCCAAGCAAACACAUCAUUAGAGGAAACAUCAUACAAUAACAAAACACCACCCGAUAUUAAGCAAGAGCCUCAAAAACCUGAAACUACCCGACAAAAAAGACCUUAUCACAAAAGAACAGAUAAAAAUAAACACCUUACACCAACUUUGGAAGCCACCGCGACAACAAAUGUAACAGCCUCUACUGGACCACGCAAAUAUAAACAUAAAAUCAAGCAAAUUGUGGCCCACAAUGAUAGUCAAGAACAAAACGCCAGCACUAAUGCUGUUCCACCAGAAGAGCCCGUAGCAGUUGGUGGCAGUGGGCCUAAUAAUACAAUAACAUCUGGUGCUCUAAGUGCUGGAGAUGAAGAUGAGAUAGGUCAUGAUGCAGAUUUAAAGGCGGUUAGAGAAAAGGAGAAAUGCCCCGAUGUUUUGGCCAUGGUGUUAAGUAUGAAGAAAAGGGCCUUAAUGCAAGAUCCAGAGGUGCAAAAGUUUUUAAAAGAUGUUAUGGAAGUAAUAAAAUCAUAAAUUUGUU